UUUUACACGUGCCGCGAUUCAUUCGAAAUCCCGGUAAGUGUAAAAAUGUAUUUGAUUAAAUUGUCAUUCUCAUACAUGUUUAAAAUAUUGCCCUGGUCAGUUGCACACGUCAUAGUCGGCGAGUCGUCACCUUUAUUCGACUGACUGAGGAGAAAUAUUGACCAUGUCCCAGGAGAAGCCAGAUGCUGGCAGCCAGACACAGUCGCAGCCUCAGACUCAGUCCCAGAGUGGCUCCAGCUCCUCCUCUGGGUCAGGCACUGUCAGCUCAGUGGACACCAUCCCUGUUAGGGACCUUGGCUCCAUACCAGAAGAGCCUGAGCCACAGCCAUGGGGUCGCCUGCUGCCUAUGCAGAGAGGCUUCAGAGCCCACGACUGUGUUGAGGACGACACUUGGUUUGGCCGGGACAGUAAAUGUAACUAUUGCUUUGAUGACCCCAUACUGAAGAAAUCGCCCAGAUUUGCUACGUACAGCAAAAAACACUUCCGAAUAUUCCGAGAGCAGAACAUUGUCUAUGUCUUUGACAACAGUGGCAAUGGCACGUUUGUUGACGGUACAAUUCUUGGGAAAGGAAAAACAUUGCCUCUAGCAAACAAUGCGGUGCUGUCCCUAGCUGAGGAACGCCAUAAAGUGUUUGUGUUCAUUGAUCUCAUGGCGGAUGAACAGUCCAACCUCCCCAAAGAGUUCAGUGAGAAAUACCUGAUUACCAGAAAGAUUGGAGCUGGUGUGUGCGGGGAAGUGAAGCUGGCCUUUGAGAGGGCCACUUGCAAAAAGGUGGCUGUGAAGACCAUCAACAAGAAGGACUUCCCAGCAUCCGUCGGCACUGCCACACGAAAUGCGGAACGAGAGAUCCAGAUCCUCCAAAGGAUAAACCAUCCAUGUUUGAUCAAAACAGAAGACUUCUUCCAAACAGACGACUCAUACUACAUUGUUUUAGAGCUCAUGGAGGGCGGGGAACUCUUUGAUAGGGUCAAAAGCAAGAACCAGAUAGAGGAGUCAAUUGCCAAGCUCUAUUUCUACCAGAUGUUGAAAGCAGUAGAGUAUCUUCACAACAAUGGCAUCAUCCACAGAGACCUCAAACCUGAAAAUGUGCUGCUUUCGUCUCAGGAUGAUGUUUGUGUCAUCAAGAUCACAGACUUUAAUCAGUCCAAGAUACUGGAGGAGUCUGCCCUGAUGAGGACCCUUUGUGGAACACCCACAUACCUUGCACCUGAGGUGUUCACCGACGCAGUCACCGUGGGCUACAGCAGAGCCGUAGACGCCUGGAGUUUAGGGGUCGUCCUGUUUGUGUGCUUGGCAGGCUAUCCCCCGUUCCACCCUAAUGCACAAACGGGUUUGUCAGUCAGGGAUCAGAUCACGCAGGGAAUUUAUACAUUUAUUCCAUCCAAAUGGGACGGCAUCUCGGAUGAUGCGAAAGAUGUCGUGAAGAGGCUGCUUGUAGUGGACCCCAAUGCCCGCCUCACCAUUGAGGAGGCUUUACACCAUCCCUGGCUGAUGGAUGAGGCCAUGAAGGAGACUGCUGAAUGCAUCAUGUACCCCAAGGACUCCGGAGAUGCCACAGCGGCUGAUGCCACAGCAGACUCCGUAGACACCACAGUAGCUUCAACUACAAAGAGGUCAAGAGAAGAUGAUGAUGAUGAUGAUGAGCAGCAGCCGGCAAAGAGGAGACCAGGCCCAUCCACAGAGGCAACAUGAGUCACAUUUCAUCCUCAUCACCACAUUGGAGACCCCUCCCCCCCAGGUAGUUUUCCACCGGCAAUUUGGCCCCCUGGAAAUCUACCAGUAUAUUGUAUUUUAUCACACUUCUAUUGCUACAUUUCCAUUAACUUGUCAAAUGAUUUUAGAACGUUCGAAUAGAAAAAUAGAUGCGACAAUUGCCUGCUGCGGUGCGUUUCCAUUGAACUCUUUUGACGAUAGAAACAGCUAUAUGUAAUGGUCACACAUACAAAAAAAACGUUUAUAAUAAAACAUUAAGUGUUUCCAUUAAUAAAUUGGCCACAGCCUGUAUUCCCUCCCACCUAUAUGUUUUAUGUCUCAGGUAGCCUGCAAAAGCCAGCAUGGAUAGAAUGCAAGAAUUGCCAUAUUUUAAUAAUUCUCAUGUGCCAACAUAUCACCAUGGUGAAACUUGCAUCCAGCCAACCAGAAUAGCAUUCAGGCUUUCUUGAAAGUACAGACAAUUGUCCUGCAAAGAAACAUAAUUUUUAUAGUUGAAAAACAGAUUGAGCAAGCAGUAGGCAUUUCGAAUUAAAUGUGAAGUGGAGCUUCCAAAUUCGGCAAUCGUCAUUUAUUCGAAAAACAACUUUUCCAUCAAGUUCGAGAAACGUCAAAUCCACCCGUCGAAACAGAUAAAAAUGUUGAUCUUUAGAAGAUGUCAUCUAUAGCUGCCGUUUCCAUUACAUCAUGGUGCAAUCAUCUGAAAUGUACUUGAUUAACGUUACUAUACACUGAACAAAAAUAUAAACGCAACCAUUUGAUUUUACUGAGUUAGUUCAUAUAAGGAAAUCAGUCAAUUGAAAUGAGGUUCUAAUCUAUGGAUUUCACAUGACUGGGAAUAGAGAUAUAGAUCUGUUGGUCACAGAUACCUUUAGAAAUAUGGGCCUCAGGAUCUCGUCACAGUGGCUCUGUGCAUUCAAAUUGCUAUCAAUACAAUUUUAUUUUGUUUGUUGUCCGUAGCUUAUGUCUGCACAUACCAUAACCCCACCGCCACCAUGGGGCACUGUUCACAACUGCUCGCCCAGACGACGCCAUACACGUGGUCUGCGGUUGUGAGGCCGGUUGGACGUACUGCUAAAUUGUCUAAAACGGAGGUGGCUUUUGGUAGAGAAAGUCAUAUUCAAUUCUCUGGCAACAGCUCUGGUAGACAUUCCUGCAGUCACCAUGCUAAUUGCGUGCUCCCUCAACGGCAUUGUGUUGUGUGACACAACAGCACAUUUUGGAGUGGCCUUUUAUUGUCCCCAGAACAAGGUGCACCUGUGUAAUGAUCAUGCUGUUUAAUCAGCUUCUUGAUAUGCCACAACUGUCAGGUGGAUGGAUUAUCAACACAUUUGAGGGAAAUAAUACUUUUGUGCGUAUGGAACAUUUCUGGGAUCUUUUAUUUCAGCUCAUGAAACAUGGGACCAACACUUCACAUGUUGCGUUUAUAUUUUUCUUCAGUGUACAUGUUGAUUUCCAACUUGUGGGCACAUACUGAGCUAUGUCUACUGGAAAUGUCCUCCUGUUUUGUAAAUAAUUGUCUUUGUACAGCUACUGUUGAAUAAACAAACAUUUUCCACUGGU